AUGGUCGCAGGCCGCCGCACGGGCAAGACCUCGUUCCUCAGGCUCCUCCUCGACACCAGCCUCGUGGCCCCCUCCGCCUCCGCAGACCAGCUCCUCUCCGUCGCCAAGUUCGUCCAGGGAUGCGGCGCGCACACCUCACACGUCAGGACCGUGUCCCUCGACAUUGAUCUCGCCUCAGAGGCCGAGGAUCCGCAGCACCUCAACCUCACACUCAUUGACACGCCCUCCCUCGACUUCAAAGACGACGCGGCGUCCCAGCGCACAGUCUCCGAGAUCCUGCGCCACGUUGACGCCCGGUUCGCGGAAAGCGUAGAAGACGAGCGCAAAGCCCUCACCGGGAACCACCAUGUACACCUCUGCAUCUACUUUCUGGACCCGGAACACAUAGUCCCCCCGUCGGUGUCUGCCCCCCCUGUCCCCCUCGUAUCGCGAACUCGCAACAACAGCUUAUCCGUGCCCGAGGCCGAGCCUGUCUUUCUCGACCCGCCCGUAACUACAAACCCUAUGCUGUGUAAACCCACACUGCCCGCCGCCGACAUCGCGACCAUUCGGCGCCUCUCCGCACGCGUCAAUGUCCUGCCCGUCAUUGCCCGCGCUGACAUGUUGACGAAUGAUCGCCUUGCAGCCGUCAAGCUGGCCAUUCGCAGGGACCUGGCAGAGGCGGGCAUUGGCUUUGGUAUAUUCGACUUGGAUACCUUCACUCAGUAUCCACAGUUCACCCGGCGAGAUGCUGUAGAACUAAUGCCGUCGCGGCUGCAUUCCGAGACACCCAACGGAUAUGCUAACCACAUGGAUGGUGCUUCCACCAAGACUACUCCCCCGCCAUCGACACCCCUCUCAUUGUUACGCCUUCCGUUUGCCUUGAUUUCACCUGAUAUUUAUGCGCACAGCGAUGGCGUCUCUAGACCUACUCCAUCUCGCCACGAGCUUAUGUAUCAGUACUCUCCUUUGCCACAAGGUCCUCACAUCAAGACACAGCUAUUAUCUAAAAUGGGCCCCGGCAAGUUCAUUCGCAGCUAUAGAUGGGGUUCUCUCGAUGUCAUGGACGUUGGCCAUUGCGAUUUUGUAUAUCUACGCCAAGCCAUUUUCCAUCACAUGCAGACUUUGCAAAAGUACACAAGAGACUAUCUCUUUCAAAAGUACAGGCAAGAAGUGCAGCCUCCACCAAAGUCCAUGCCAACGCGUGGAUCGCACUUGUCCGCCCCGCCACCCCGCCUUCUCCCACUCUCUCAAGGCACACGUCCUAUCCUCGCCAUAGACACUACACCCUCCCAAUCGACUGCGAACCCCCCCGUGCUACAAGCCCCUGUGGUGUCUGAAUCCUCUCCCAGAACUGCGACGUCCUCGAGUCAGUCCCCUCUCCUUUUUCAACUUUCGCACACAGGGUCGCAACGAUCGCGGGCUAAGAAGAUCACGGUCGCCUGCAACUUCUGUCGAGCUCGCAAGCUCAAGUGUGAUGGUGGCAGACCCGCGUGCAGCCAGUGCUUCAAGCGGUCGGCCCCGUGCGACUACCAGAGCGGCCACAAGCGCCGGGGCAACGGCAAAGCGCGGAGGCAUUACGGCGGCAGUGACAGUGAGGGCGAGAGCGUGGAUGAGCUCACGUUCGAAAUGGAAAACCCCGCUGGGUCGCCGGAGGUGACCUCGCAUAACUCGUCACGACGGAACUCCAACGUCAGCAUGCUGCUGACCGAGUCGCUCCCUCCUCUCGGCAGCGUUGUCCCGGAGCGGCGGGGCUCGUCGUCGUCGACGGUGCUUCCGCCCAUUGCGCAGGCAACGUCGAGUAGGACCUCGCUGCCUGAGGCGGCUGGCCCCGAGCUUCCGCCCAUUACCACACUAUCUGUGCCGCCCGCACCAGCCUCCCGUGAAGAUCAGAGCCAGCUGUCUUCUCUGAAGCAGGAGAGCGGUCAGAUGACGCAGCGCCGGCGUACAGCGUCCGCGUCUGGGAAAGGUCGGACCGCGGGCCAUGGCUCCAAAAUCGUCGCGUGUAACAUCUGCAGAGCACGCAAGACGAGGUGCGACGGCGCGCACCCGGCAUGUGGGAGCUGCGCGCGGCGUCAGCUGCCGUGUAACUACGUGAACGACCCUUCGACGUCGCGAAGUCGGAACAAGAGCGCAGCGACGACGCCGUCUGGCCCGUCAGGGUCGACGUCAGCGCGGUCGUCCCCCUCGACGCAAAUGCAGUAUGGCUCCGCCCAGGAGAACAUGCCGCUGACGAACGGAGUUGCACGGCGUAUCAGCGCCGUGGAGACUGGGCUUGCGGACGCGAACGGACACCCCAGUAAGAAAAUGCGGAUGGCCGCUGAGGCCGGCCGCUCCACAGUUGCUAUCGGACAGACACCCUGAGGGGGCGUCUUCUGGCUCAUGGGACCAUUGUAGUAGAUUUCCAUCCCGCCGCGUUGGUUGGUGUAUUAGCUCAUGCUCAUCUACGUUCGUUUGUGUUUGCUGUUUUCGCUUGGGUUCAGCCUGUCUGUCUGUCGUAUGGGGAAAUGUAACAUAGUAUAUAUUGCUGCCUACUAGCCGGUGCUCAAGCGCUCACUUCUCGGUUUC